CUGCAGAAUUCAGUUCAGUCUGCUUAGUGCUUUUGUUGCUUGCAUUGCAAAUUGCAACUGUGCUUAAAAUAAUAAUUAUUGCGUUUCUCUGUCUUUUAACUUAUUCUAAAUUGUAAAAUUAAAAUAAUGAAACAACGUAAAAUAUUACUGACGUCAUCUUCCACGAGAUAAAUUCUAUUUAUGAACAAUUUGCAUUCAAUGUAAAUGAUACAAUGUCAUCCAGCAAUGGUUCAAGUGAUAAUGAUGCGGGAACGAGUGGUACUACAACUUCCUCCCUCACCGAUCGGAUCAAUGAAGAUAUAACCAUGUGCAAUAGAAUGCAAGAACAUCCUACCGAUAACUCAGUUCCUAGAUCAGAAAAUGUGAUAGCUGAAAAUUUCUCAGGAGGAGUAGAUGGUUCUUCAGAAUCUGGAGUAACCCCUUCCCCUUCCGGUGAGGUAGGUGACGUGGUCGCUCCAGAAAGAAGCAGCAGUAAUUCUUCUAGUCCAUUGUUUUUUACUGACGAUGACAAUUCGUCUGCAGAUGAUACGAUUAGUACAAUUCGUUCCACGCGUGAUCUUGAUGAUGAUGAUGAUGAUGAAGAUGAUGAUGAUGAGGAUGAUAAUGAUGAUGACGAAGAAGACGGAAGUAAUGAAAAUGAAGACUAUGGACAUGGUGAGAGGGUACCUCAAGCAGAAGAUGCCUGGCUUCGAGACCUGACUCACUCACCUCGACUCUCCAAUUCACAAAGCUCCUCCGACAGUUCAUUAGAUAGAGCGUCCAUGAAAUGUUUUAUUCCCUACAAAGAAGAAUCAAAGCCUAAACCAAGACAUAAAUGGUUCGUCGUACCUGAAGUCAUGAAAAGGGAAUUGGGGACAAGCAGUCGAUUACAUGCUUCUGAGCUGUUUCAGAAGCGCUGUUAUGGAUCAUUACAUGUUGUGCAAAGGCUCGAACUCAUGUACAAACUUGAAGCUCAUAAAGGGUGUGUGAAUGCGCUCAACUUCAAUCCGUCAGGAACAAUACUUGCAAGCGCAUCGGAUGAUCGCAAAGUGAUGCUGUGGGACUGGGCAUUGGGAAAAUGCAUGCUGCAAUAUGAGAGUGGUCACACCAGCAACGUAUUGCAGGCUCGGUUCCUGGGUUUGUCGGGCGACCGGCACAUCGUGUCGUCGGCUCGUGACGGCCAGGUGCGUCUGGCCGUGCUGAGUGGCACGGGCGUGUGCAAGUCGACACGUCAGCUGUUCCGUCACAAGCGGCCUGUCAGUCGGCUGGCCACACUCAGCGAUACGCCACACGUCUUCCACAGCGCCGGCGAGGACGGCCUCGUCACAACCAUCGAUGUCCGCGAGUCCCGCGCCAAAAAGUUUUUGGUGGUGAGAGAUGAAGUGGUCGGCAGGAUACCCUUGUUCUGUAUUGAUAACAACCCAAUGAACUGUCACGAGUUUUGUGUGGCAGGAGAUGACAAAUAUAUUCGAUUAUACGACAAACGAAUGAUAGCUGGGAACAAAGUGCCACUGAAAAAAUUCUGCCCUAAUCAUUUGGUAGGCAGAUACGUCGCUGUGAAUGUGACAUGCGCAAUAUUCAACUACAAUGGCAAGGAGAUACUUGGCUCAUACAAUGAUGAGGACAUCUACCUAUUCGAUACUGAACUUUCGGAUGGCUCUGAUUACGUUCAUAGGUAUCGCGGCCAUAGAAAUCACGUGACAGUUAAGGGAGUGAAUUUUUUCGGACCGAAGAGUCAGUUCAUAGUUUCUGGCUCGGACUGUGGACACAUAUAUUUCUGGGAGAAAAAUACUGAAAGCAUUGUUCAAUGGAUGGCUGGAGAUGAAGAAGGCAUUGUAAGUUGAAUGCUGUUGCAUUGUUACAUACUUUUUUCAAUCCUCCGAUUGACUAUUUCGCUAAAUCAACUACUUAAUUAUUAAAUAUCAUGUGAUGAUUAUUAUUAAAUUAUUUUCUCCUAAUAGAUUAACCUUUCCGAUGUCCACUAGAAAUUCAAGUCUUACUUUAUGUUAAAAAAAUUUGUUUAGUUUCGUUCAA